CCCUGCCGGAAACGCUAGCUAACUGUUCAGUUACACGAACAGAUUUUUUUUUUUUAAAUAAAUAAAUAAAUAAAUAAAUAAAUAUAAACCUGGAUAACGUCAGGUACAUUUCAAGACACAACGACGCUAUUUUUAGGCAAUUAUUUCGAGCCUGCUGUUUCCCGGACUGGACAGACAAACGCCAAAGAAGACGCGUUGAGAAUAAUAUUCAGCUGAGGCUAGUCGCUAGGUAGCUAGGCUCGUCAGCGCGCCGACUCUUUUCUCGAUUCUGCUUAGCUUCAUGCUAAUAGGUUAGCGCCGUCUCGACCGAGUUGCCUCACUGUUGUUGCUUCACGGCGUUUUAAAUGGAAGAAGUCGACUUUUAAUUUUUGGCCGGCUGCACGUCCUGGCAGCAGUAUCCUUCGUUCAAUUGGUCUUGCGUGAAAUUUGAGUGCUUAAGCUUUCAUUUGACAUGGAGGCUUGGUCGCUAGCUAAACGGACCUGCUAGUAAGUCGUUAUUGGCCCACAGCUGGAGCACGCUUAUUGGAGAAGUGGAGCUCCCGACUCGUUUUAGCGUCGAAACGCUAUUGAGCUAAAACAAAACAAAACAAAACCGGAAUAUUGUGUAUUAUAUCGAUGAGUUAUUGUCUGUGCAGCUUGCUGUUAGGUGUGAAGAGCUGAGAUUAUCCGAGGUGGUGGCUUGGGUUGGACAGCUAUGCCAAGUGCCAAUUAACUGAGAGACAGUUAGAAACUCUGAGGCGUUGGUGAAGAGAGAGAGAGAGAGAGAGAGAGAGAGAGACAAACACAGGGCUGGGUGUGAGGUUUAAUUUCUUGUUGCACACAGUGAAAUGGCCACGGCCAGUAGCAUGGCUGCAUCGCUGGCGAGUAAAACGAAAACGAAGAAAAAACACUUCGUGGCUCAGAAAGUGAAGCUGUUUCGAGCCAGCGACCCUCUGCUCAGUGUGCUCAUGUGGGGAGUCAACCAUUCGAUAAAUGAGUUGAGUCAUGUUCAAAUCCCCAUCAUGCUGAUGCCUGAUGACUUCAAGGCCUAUUCGAAGAUCAAGGUGGACAACCACCUGUUUAACAAGGAGAAUAUGCCAAGCCACUUUAAAUUCAAGGAGUACUGCCCUCUCGUUUUCCGUAAUUUGAGAGAAAGGUUCAGCAUUGACGACCAGGACUUCCAGAACUCUCUGACCCGCAGCGCACCUCUCGUUAGUGAGGCUCAGGGUCGUAGCGGUGCCCGCUUCCACACCUCCUAUGACAAGAGAUACGUCAUUAAGACCAUCAGCAGUGAGGACGUAGCCGAGAUGCACAACAUCCUUAAAAAAUAUCACCAGUUUAUCGUGGAAUGUCACGGUACCACACUGCUGCCUCAGUUUCUGGGCAUGUACCGCAUCACCGUAGACGGAGAUGAAACCUAUAUGAUUGUCACACGCAACGUCUUCAGCCACCGGCUGUCUGUCUAUAAGAAAUACGACUUGAAGGGAUCUACUGUUGCGAGGGAGGCCAGUGACAAGGAGAAGGCGAAGGAGCUGCCUACGUACAAGGAUAAUGACUUCAUCAACGAUGGACAGAAAAUAUACAUUGAUGAGGAAAAUAAAAAGAUAUUUCUUGAGAAGCUUAGGAAGGAUGUGGAGUUCCUGGCGCAGUUGAAGCUCAUGGAUUACAGUCUGUUGGUGGGGAUCCAUGACGUGGAGCGAGCAGAGCAGGAGGAAGUGGAAAGUGAGGAUAAUGAAGGAGAUGAUGAAGGAGAGAGUGAUGGAGGGAUUGUUGGAACACCUCCAGACAGCCCCAGCAACACUCUGGACAGCACCAAACCCCUUUCACCGGGAGACUUUGACCCUACUAUUGAUGUCUACGCAAUUAAAAGUCACGACAACUCUCCUCGGAAGGAAGUCUACUUCAUGGCUGUGAUUGACAUACUGCAACAUUAUGAUGCCAAGAAGAAAGCAGCUCAUGCAGCUAAAACAGUCAAGCAUGGAGCUGGAGCAGAGAUCUCGACCGUGAACCCGGAGCAGUACUCUAAGAGAUUCUACGAUUUCAUUACCACCAUUCUGCCCUAAACUGGAGCAAAACCCACAGGGGUGAAAGAGGGACGCUGAUGGAGGGGUGCCCAAACGCACUCACCCACCCUUACAGCAGCUACAACCACCAUUCGUUUACAUUUUCAUUUUUUAUUUGUUCUUUGCUGUUUUGUGGGACCAUAAGUGUGAUGAAACAGUAACAAGUAUAAAUCUUUGUGGGAGCUAUGGAUUUUUUUUUUUUUUUUUGGCUUUCCGAUGCAUGUCCCUCAUGGCAUUUUUAAUUCAUGUGUUAUUUUGCCUUCCUUUUAAUUGAAAGGGGGAGAGAGAGAGAGAGAGAGAGAGAGUGCAAAUGUGAUGGUGUACGUGGCUCAGUGAAUGGACAUACACAUGUAGAAUGAUGUCACUCAGAACGGAGGCUGAGAAGGAAAGGAGCUUUCAACUGCUGUAGAAUUCACGUCAGACAAAAAGGAAAUGUGAAGCUAUCCCAUGCAGAAUCAGUCACCCACCCCGAUUGGUCAAAAAUGCCUGUCCUUUUACUUUUCAUACGCUUUACCAGAAAGCGCAUUUCAUCAGUCCGUCCCUGCUCAUCUUCCCCAGUUAAACCUAACACCGCCCCUAAUGUAAACCUUACCCCUCUUCCGCCCGUGCUUCGUUCUCGUCUGUCCAUGCUCAUGUACUUUUCUUUCAUCCAAAUCUACCCGGUUCUUGUCUUUCAUGUGUUUUCUAGUUAAAAGCUGCAGCACUUGUAGGUGAACGUGCUUUCAUUGCGUUAAUCAACGCGACGUUGAUUCUCACGUUAAUUCUCCGAAACCAUGGCUCUCCUCCUCUGAACAGACUGACUGCAAAGAAAACGCUCCUGAGCUCCAUUCACAUUCACGAAGGAAUGCACCUUCUGACUCUUGCAUGUUCCUACAGUGUUUCACACGAGUGUGUGGUGGUAUUUUAUUAUUUUUUUGUGUGUGUGUGUUUUUUUUUUUGUUUUGUCUUUUUAAUGACCUGUAGGAGGUUGAGAUGAUUCGUCUAUAAUUUCGCAUCAUGAAAAGGCGUUCUAAUGAACUGAACAGAAGCAACAGCAUUGGUGGCAAUCACUUCAAGUCUGUAAAAUCUGUUACGGGAAUGAUCUUUCAUUUGCCAUCAGCACCUUAAACUGUUGCACGUUUUUUGUUUUAUUAUUUUUUUUUAAAUGAGGAUCUUUUUGGUCUGUUACAUACUGCAACAAUAGCACUAUGAGGCACUGUUGAAUGCAGCCCGUGGAUUUGUGUCGUCACAAGUACGCUUGUUCUAGGCAGAAAACCCAUAGUUUACCUCUUGCAUCAUGUAAACAAAUUCACACUUAUUGCUGUAAUGUUAGCUACAGUGUUCAUUGGGGGAGUUUGAGAAAAGGAGGAUGGGGAGGUCCUGUGUGUAGAGUAGUGUAAUUUCUUUUGCCAGUUUUAUAAACUUUACGUUUUAAAUUGGCAGUCGAGUCAGCAGUGUAUUGUAUGUUUUGCACAUAAUGAACCAGAAGUUUAAAUAAUCCCUUUGGUUCGGUAGAGUGGUAUUUACAGGGGGGAAACGCCACACCUGUACAAAAUGGUGAUUCAUGAGAAUUCGAGUCGACUCUUAGGAAAGGUUAUGAAUCGUUCAUGUUAGGCGUCAUGUUUUCUUACUUCACCGAUAUGAAUCCCUGCGAAAUGGCUAGAAUUUCUACGAAAUUUUGCAUGAAAUUGCUAUUGUUUAGUAUUGAUCUGUUGAAACAUGACACCACCACCACACCAUCUAGAAAGUUCUGACUCUUUAGAAUCAGCAUUUUCUUGUGUGUUGGUUCAACUGAUUUGAUUUUUUUAUUAUUAUUAUUGUUGUUGUUUUUUUUUUUUAAUUAAAUGCACAGUUUUUAUUUGCAUUUUAAUUUGUACACGGAAUUGUUCGCAUUUUAAGCAGCACAUCCUUAUCGAGUGAAGUGUUCUGAUAAAUGAAGAAUGUUACUGUUUUGAAUUGUGCAGUACUGUAAAAAGUUUUGGGGUUUUUUUGUUUGUUUGUUUGUUUGUUUGGUUUUGUUUUUUAAUAAUGCAUGUUGCAUUUGUUUGCCCUCUUCAGCCUGACGCCGUGUGUAACUGUCACCCCUCCUAAAAGAAGAAAACAAACAAACAAACAAACAAAAAAAUUAUACACGCGCUUAUUUCUUCUUUCUGACGGUCUUCAACCUGCUUUAUACUGUCAGCAAUGUAUACACUGUGCAAGAGUCGUGCCUUUUUACUCCAAAUUCUUUAAUUUUCUAUUCUUAAUCUCAGUUUUUGGUUUUUUUUUCCCAGAGGUAAAAAUUUUAUUUUCUAAUUCUCUAAUUUUCUUUUUUUUUGUUUGUUUGUUUGUUUGUUUAUUUGUAGUUUGGCUGUGUAUGGAGAAGACUCUUUUAUGUGUUGACAAUAACACUUAAAACCAUUAACACCUUUUUGAGUUCCAGCAUUGAAAAUGGCCCUGUGAAAGCUGAGUGGGACUUCUGUCACAAUGUUUAUUUUUAUUUUUAUUUUUUUAUCAACUUAACCUCAGUAUUAUCAUUAAUCCAGACUCUUUUGCUAUUUUUAUCCGUUGUUGGUUUUUUUUUAAUUAUUAUUAUUA